ACAAACCCUGCAGCCGCCGCAAUCCUCCUCCCCCGGCCCCUACCCUCGUCGCUACCUCUUCGUCGGCGCUCCGCCGCCGCCGCCGGCAGCCAUCCUCCCCAGAUCGGCGGCCCAGCCGCAGCCCGCCGCGCGUUCUGCUCCUUCUCCCCACCCUUACGAAACCCCAGUGGAAGCCCCGCCCCCCUCUCCUUCUCCCUUGCUCGCGGCCAGGCAUGGAGAGCAAGCAGCGUGGGAAGGCGGAGGGCGGCGGCGGCGGCGGCGGUCACCGAGUGGAUCUGGAUGAGGAGGACGACCUCGAGGAGUUCCGGCUGCCGAUGAGCCACCGGCCGACCGAGAACCUCGACACGGAGGGCCUCGAGCAGGCCUCCGUCCACACGCAGCUCACCGCGUCCAACGUCGGCUUCCGGCUGCUCCAGAAGAUGGGCUGGAAGACCGGCAAGGGGCUCGGCAAGAACGAGCAAGGUAUACUAGAGCCAAUAAGAGCUGACAUCAGAGAUGCAAAAUUAGGUGUUGGAAAGCAAGAGGAAGAUGACUUCUUCACAUCUGAAGAGAACGUGCAAAGAAAGAAAUUGAAUAUUGAGCUUGAGGAGACUGAGGAACAUAUAAAGAAGCGUGAGGUCAUAGCAGAGCGCGAGCACAAAAUCCGCAGCGAAGUCAAGGAGAUACAGAAGGUGUUCUUUUGCAGCCUCUGCAAUAAGCAAUACAAGCUGGCUCAUGAAUUUGAGAGUCACCUAAGCUCAUAUGACCACAACCAUAGGAAGAGGUUUAAAGAAAUGAGAGAAAUGCAGAGCAGCAGUGGUAGCCGCGAUGACAGGCAGAAACGUGAACAACAACGUGAAGAGAAGGAACUAGCAAAAAUUGCCCAACUGGCAGAUGCUCACAGGAAGCAGCAGAAGCAAGAGAAUUCAGAGGCCCCAGCAGAGGGUGUUGUACCAAAAAACAUCGCAGGCCCUAGCAACCAGGAUCAGCGGCGAACAUUGAAGUUUGGAUUCUCCAAAAUGGCUCCUUCCAAGGCUCCAGUUGGCAAUGCCAGCAAGAGACCAAAGGUUGCUACAAAAGUUUCUUCAGUCUUUGGCAAUGACAGUGAUGAGGACUCGUGAUCUUUGCUGGAGAGUGGUAGCACUUACAAGGAAAAUGACUUCAAAGACCCAUGGAAACGUGAGAUGCCAUGUAUGUAUCGCCUUCUGUUUUGUCACUGGCUUGGCCUCGCUAUGGAUGGUGGCAUCUCCACAGCCUCACGUGAACAAACAAGAACUUGAACACAACCCUGUGAAUUGUAUGAAGUAGAGGGUACAUUGUACAAUGAAAUCUGUAUUGUUUUUGCUAGAUUUUGAAAGCUAUUUGUACCGUUCGUCCUUGCAACUUGCUGGAUUUUGAAAGCUAUUUGUACCAUUCGUCCUUGCAAUCGGACAAUGCCCUUCAAUUUGCAAUCCGCCUUUGUAGUCUGUACAACCAUCGUUUGCUUUUAAUGUUAUACCUUUGUAUUUGAUGCUA